AUGGAUAAAGAGAAGGAAAUAGAAUCAGAAAGUGUACAACAGGGAGAUAAAGGAAAGAAGGGGGAAGGCGAAGGCGAGAAGAAAGCGAGAGGCAGACCAACGAAGGCGGAGGAGUUAGCCAAAUUAAGAAGAACGGACAGUACAGGAUCGGUCAAAGAAUUCUUUCAGAAGAGUGAGAAAAGGAAGAGGGAAGAAGAGGUGGAGGAAGCAGCGAAUGCGGAGGAAGAAAUUCUAAAAGAAUUUAACGCACAAAGAAGGGUCAACAGAUCACCGCCGCCCAAAAUCAAAAAAGAAAAGCAGGGAAAAGAAAAUAUGGCGACGGAAGAAUUACUGGAGAAGGGACUGAGGGAGGAAUUGAGGAGAAGCGAGGAGAUAUGGGAAAAUCAAAGAAAGACCCUGGAAGGAAGAAUUAAGAAUUUAGAGGAGAAGGCGGAGAAGAUAGAAGUAAACAUGUCAAUGAAUAAGAAAGAAAAGAAGAAGGAUAAAGAAGGGUUAAGCAUGAUGAACGAGAGAAGGAGGGAAGAGAUACAAGAAAGAAGACAGGAAAAGUCCAAGGAGAUAGAAGAAAGGCGGAACACACCAGAAGAAACCAGAAAGGACGAAGAAAGUAUAAAGGAGGUAGAUGAGGAAAAUAUUAGAGGAAACGGUAUAAGGGAAGUUGAGGGACAAGAGAAAAGAUAUAUAGGAGAAGAGGAAAGAAACGACGGGGAGAGUGAAGAGACGUGGAAAGUGGCCUUUUGGAACGUAGCUGGUUUAUCAAACAAGGAUAAGGACUUCUGGGAAGGGAUAAAGGAAUGGGAUGUGAUUGUGAUGAUGGAGACUUGGACUGAUGAGAAAGGAUGGGAGAAGGUAAAGGAGAAGCUACCGAGAGAAUAUAGAUGGAGAGUACAGAUAGCAGCCAGGAGGAACAAGAAAGGCAGAGCGUGCGGAGGCAUGUUGCUAGGAAUAAGGAAAAGCAUAGAAGAGAUAAAGGAAAGAAGGGAGACGGAGGAAGAAGGAAAAAUCGAAGGUAAGAUAAGAAUAGGAGAGGAAGUAUGGAGAAUAAUAGGAAUCUAUGUAAACAACAAUAUAGACGAGAAACUAGAAGGUCUGAAGGAAAGGACGGAGGAGGGGGAAAAAGGAGUAAGGACCAUAAUAGGAGGUGACUUUAACGCGAGAACGGGAGAGGAAGGAGGAUGGGAAGAGGAAAUCGAGCGAAGAGAGGAAAGAGGGAGGAAGUCUAAAGAUAAGAAGAUAAAUAAAGAAGGCAGAAAGUUACUGGAGUUUAUCGAGGAGAGAGGAUGUAUGAUAUUAAAUGGAGGCACGAAGGGGGACGAGGAGGGAGAAUAUACAUACACAGGGGGAAGAGGUGAGACAGUCAUAGAUUACAUAAUAGGGGACGAGGAGGUUAGAGAAAAGGUGGAAAGACUGGAAGUAGGAGAAAGGAUAGAUUCGGACCAUCACCCAUUAAUACUAUGGGUGAGGGGAAGCUCAAAGAGAAGGGAGAAGUUAAGCGCGAUUGAAGGAAAAAGAGACCUGCAAGAGGAAAUAGAGGAAGGAACAAGGAAGAUAAGAAGGGUGAUUGAGGAGAACGAGGACAAGAAUGAAAGAAUGACUAUCAAGAACAAAAGAGGGUGGUGGGACGAGGAAUGUACGGAGAGCAAGAGGGAAGUGAGGAAAGAACUAAGGAAAUGGAGAAAAGGGAAAGGAGAGGCAGAAAGAUACAGAGAAAGAAGGAAAGAAUAUAGGGAAAUGUGUGAUAGAAAGAAGAAGAAGGAGAAAGAAAGAAUGAUCAGAGAGAUUGGAGAAGCGAAAACGGAGGGAAAGGUAUGGGAGUUGAUAGGCAGAGUAAGGAAGAGAAGAAGAAGGGUGAAUGAAGAGAUAAAACCGGAAGAGUGA